UCUCUCUCUUAACGGCCAAACCGAAAAAAGCUGGCUCAUUAUUGUAACACACGGAGCAUAAGAAGUAUCGCCCUUGCACUUUGGCAUUUUUGCCUUUGAACAAAACCCCAAUCAACCUAUUAAGCUUACUACUAACAACAACAAACAACAACAACUACUCCUCUCUCUUUUCCUUCAUUGACGAUCUCCACGAAGCUACUACACUCUUCUUUCAUUAGUGUUUUUUCUCUCUCUCUUUCUCUCUCAUUCCUUAAUAACCCCACAUUCUCUUUCUCUCUCAUUCCCCCACUCCUCUCCUAUCCUGGAUCUUCAGCUUUUCCCUGAUUUUGCUGAUUUUGGGCAUCGAGAUUGAAGGGCUCUGCUGAGGAAACAUGGCUGCUGCUUCUGCAUCACUUGGUGGUGUUUCGGCUUCGGAUCUUCUCAGGAGUUCAACUAGCGGUUUCAGUGGUGUCCCUUUAAGGACCUUGGGAAGGGCAAGGUUGGUUUUGAAAAGGAGGGAUUUAACAGUUUCUGCUAAGUUGAGGAAAGUGAAGAAGCAUGAAUAUCCAUGGCCUGAUAACCCUGAUCCCAAUGUGAAAGGUGGGGUGCUGAGUCAUCUCUCUCCUUUCAAGCCACUCAAAGAGAAGCCAAAGCCUGUCACUUUGGAUUUUGAAAAGCCUCUUGUUGCUCUACAAAAGAAGAUCAUCGAUGUGCGGAAGAUGGCAAACGAAACUGGUCUGGACUUCAGUGAUCAGAUUCUCUCAUUGGAGGAUAAGUAUCAGCAGGCUUUAAAGGAUCUAUAUACGCAUCUGACUCCUAUACAGCGGGUCCAAAUUGCAAGGCAUCCUAACAGGCCGACUUUCCUUGAUCAUGUCUUUAACAUAACUGAAAAGUUUAUGGAACUCCAUGGUGAUCGGGCAGGUUAUGAUGAUCCUGCUAUUGUUACUGGUAUAGGGACUAUAGAUGGUAGAAGAUACAUGUUCAUCGGUCACCAAAAGGGAAGAAAUACUAAAGAAAACAUUCAGCGUAACUUUGGGAUGCCCACCCCACAUGGUUACAGGAAGGCUCUUCGAUUGAUGGAAUAUGCAGAUCAUCAUGGGUUCCCAAUAGUUACUUUCAUUGACACGCCUGGGGCAUAUGCUGACCUUAAAUCAGAGGAACUAGGCCAAGGUGAAGCGAUUGCUCAUAAUUUGAGAUCUAUGUUUGGUCUGAAGGUGCCAAUUGUGUCUAUAGUUAUUGGGGAAGGUGGUUCUGGUGGUGCCCUUGCCAUUGGAUGUGCUAAUAAAUUACUCAUGCUUGAAAAUGCAGUUUUUUAUGUUGCCAGUCCAGAGGCAUGUGCAGCAAUCUUGUGGAAGAGUGCUAAAGCUGCUCCAAAGGCUGCUGAGAAGCUGAAGAUUACAGCCCCUGAAUUGUGCAAAUUGCAAAUUGCAGAUGGUGUUAUCCCUGAGCCCCUCGGUGGUGCUCAUGCAGAUCCAAAUUGGACCUCAAAACAGAUAAAAAUUGCAAUCAAUGAAGCCAUGGAUGAGCUCACCCAGAUGAAAACAGAAGACCUAUUAAGACAUCGCACGCUUAAGUUCCGAAAGAUUGGUGGGUUCCAGGAAGGAAUUCCUUUAGAUCCCAAGAAGACAGCCAACAUGAAGAAGAGGGAUGUACCUGUUGCUAAGGAGAUUCCUGAUGCUCACUUAGGGGUUGAGGUUGAGAAACUGAAACAGAAAAUCUUGGAAGCUCAGAAAUCCUCUUCUAAGCCUCCAAAACUAGAGCUGGAUGAGAUGAUAAAGAAACUGAAAAGGGAUGUUCAUCAAGAAUACUCCGAGGCAGUUAAAGCCAUGGGCUUGACAGAUGAGGUGUCGAAACUACGGGAGGAAGUUUCAAAAGCAAAAUCAGAUAACCAACCUAUUGAUCCAUUGCUGAUGGAUAAGAUAGAAAAGCUUGAGGCUGAGUUUGAACAGGGUUUGUCAGCGGCUCCCAAUUAUGGCAGGCUGCAGAAUAAGCUUGAUUUUUUGAAAGAAUUAUUGAAAGUAAAGUCUCUGUCAGAUAAAAACGAGAAGGCUGCCACAUUUAAGCAAGAAUUCAAGACAAAAUAUGAUGAUAUCUUGAAUAAUCCUAGAAUAAAGGAAAAAAAUGAGGCAAUAAAGGCUGAAAUUCAAGCUGUUGGUGCAUCCUCAUUAAGUGAUUUGGAUGAUGAGUUGAAGAAGAAAAUAAUUGAGUUUAAGGAAGAGGUAGACUUGGAGCUGGCUAAUGCUCUAAAGUCCGCAGGCUAUGACGUUGAGAUUGUAGAACCAAAGGGUUCUUCAGUGUCAGAGUAUGAGUCAAAGAUAGAAGAACUAAACAAAGAUAUAAAAAAGGAAAUGGAAACUUUGGUAAACUCAUCAGAUAUUAAGGACAAGAUAAAGUUGUUGAAAUUGGAAAUUGCCAUGGCUGGAGAGACACCUGAUUUGGAAUCAAAAAAUAGAAUUGCUGCCUUGGAGCAACAAAUCAAGCAGAGCUUAGUGGAGGCCCUUGACUCAUCUAGCUUAAAAGAGGAGUACGAAAAUCUGGUGUCUAAGAUUUCCAGCGAAUUAGAUGGAAGUUUGAAAAAGGAAGAUCCAGAAGGAGACAACCCCACCAAUGAUGAUUUGAGAAUGAAAGUUGGUGCAAAUCGCACCUUUACUUAAUGUGAGUUCAUCUAAUCUGCACAAAAAAAAUUGUUUUGUCAGUGCGUUUUCAUAAUCAAAUAUGCAAGGGUAAAGCCACUCCUUUAUGACUGAAAAGUCACAAGUUUGAAUCUUGGCAACCUCUUUGCAAAUAUACAAAGGCAAGACUGCGUACAAGGGUUAUCCUCGUCCCUACCCUCACUAGUCGGUGUUUAAUGACGAGUGGUUUAAUGCAUUUUUAGGAUCGUUGAGGCAUUCUAGGGAGCAUUUAAUCUGUAGCUUUUACCAUUGAAAGUUGUAUUUCCCAUUAAACUAAAUUUGCAUGACUGAUGUGUACAGUGAUCCCCAAGUUGAAAACUACAUCCUAACGCCCUAAAAAACACAUUUAAAAAAACAGUUUUAAGAUGGUUUUAUAUGAUUUUGGAUUAAAAAUGAUAGCAGGGAUUAAUUGAGGUUUCAUUAUGUGUAAAUUUGCUUUAUCCUUCAUUUGAAAAUUUGCUCCAAUCAUUUUGCGGAAUGUCU